AUGGCAGCAGCAAUGGCAUAUUGCACAAAUAGUGCUUUCUAUCAGCAUUCAUUCACUAAAGCAAGAACACAGUUUACACCAGUUCCUCGUCGAGCAACUUUAUCACCAUCAGCAUCUGCUGGUUCUACUGUUUCAAUACCACAUAUUGAACAACCAUCCAUUACAAAAACAAUAAAAAGUGAUGAAAAUAACAAUAGCCAUCAAAUUGAGACUACAGAUAUAGCAAAUAUCAAUGAUAUUCUUGAUGUUACAAGUGAUGAUGAUGUCGAUGGCAUUGGCGACGACAAUCAAUUAGUGAAUGAUAUUGAUGAAGAACAAUUUCUAGCAUUUGUUGGUCUUCGUCGUAAGACUAAGAAGCCAAUUGUACGUAAACUGAAUUUAAGAUCAUUAACAAAACGAUUGGCAUGUCCAGUAUGUCUACUUCCACUACCAAAAUAUAGUGAACGUGUUCGACAAGCUUUAUAUAUUCGACUACCAUUCUUAAAAUUUUUAACAAUUACAUGUGAUAUUGAAAGUUUUUGUUCAACGGAUGAAAAUGCAAAAGCUCAAAGUCUUCUACCACGUUCAGCAACACAAACACGUGCUUUGUCAGCAUUAAAUCGAAGUAAAAGAAAACAGAAAUCGCCAAAAAAAGGUAAAUAUAAAAUAAAUGAACAUUUCCACACAGUGAAAUUUUAA